CUUUUCGCUUUCUUGCUUCCAAUAACCUAUGACCUGUCCCAUAACAGUCAAAAACCGCAAGGCAUAGGACCGAAUACGCUGGAUUGUCUUUCCCGUACCACAAGCCGCAGAAAAGACGAGAACCAUCUCCAGGACCGCGAAAUCCGCAGACUCCUCCUCCGGCUCCUCUCCGUCCAUGUCUCUAACCCUGACGAAACUUCCCCUUCCCCUCCCACCACCACUUCAGACCUCCCCGCGGGGCACCCCCUUCGAGCGCGCCGUGUGGUGCCUGACCUACCAGAUCCCCGCCGGCUCCUUCAGCACCUACGCCCUGCUCGCCGCCCACCUCAGGUCCUCUCCGCGGGCAGUGGGCAAUGCCCUGCGCCGGAACCCUUUUGCGCCCGAGAUACCUUGCCAUCGCGUCGUAGCAACAGGCGGCAGCCUGGGCGGAUUCAAAGGCAAGAUCGCCCGCCGCGACGGGGAGGGCAUCACGCUGGUCGAGAAGCGCGCGCUGCUGCGCAAAGAAGGAGUCAAGUUCGAUGCUGCGGGCGCCAAGGUCCUGGGCACUCCGUUCCGUGGCUUUCUCUAGGUAUCUGUACUAUUUAGUACAGUCCCAGUCAGGUAUAGGUUGCGUUCGGUCUCACGGGUAUUUGCCUUGUGUGUGUGGUGGAAGAAGCUCGGGAACGGGGAGGAGGGGGCGUUUGGUUACCAGU